AUGGAGGGCCUCAGGUUGGUUUCAGGUACUGUGUACUGGAGAGGCAAUGGAGCUAACCAUGUUGAUGAUCAUGGCGCUAAUGUCGGCCUUUGUACUUUCAGCCUUGUUCUUGAUGCCUGCUUGGGCUUCUCCACAGCCAAUGGAUGGAAUUCCGGGAAGCCUGGGGUGGCCGUUUGUCGGAGAGAGUUUCUCCUUCAUAUCAGAGUUUUCAAGUGCUGCUGGUAUUUACAGCUUCAUCGAGAAGAGACAUCAGAGUUCAUGACUGGGAGAGAAGCAGCAAAGAUUUUACUAACAGGCAAAGAUGGAAUGGUGAGCUUGAACCUCUUCUAUAGUGGGAAGCAGUUCAUAAACACUUUGGCCAUUGAAACAUUAGAUCAGUGGCCCAGACGAACAAUCUUGAUUCUUGAAGAGGCUUCCACAUUCACACUUAAGGUGAUACAUGAUCAUGAGCUUAGAGCCUUCCGGGGAGGAGCAAGAAAAAGUCCAAGCCAAUUUCAAAAUAACUUCUUCCUCAUUUGCAUCUUUGCCUCUGAAUAUCCCGGGAACUGCUCUUCAACAAGUCAAUAUCCCGGGAACUGCAACUUGAACUUAUAUUCAAAGGGAAUGCUUUUGGAAAUGGCACUGAGAUGGUAUUGUUGCAUCAAAUCAGGCACGCGAUCAGAUGUACAACAUAAGGAAUGGAGAAAGCUUCCGACAAGACUUCUUAGAAUCCCUGAUAAGAAGCACAGUAAAGAUGACUCAGAAGGAGACGAUGAUAAACUUACAGAUACACAAUUAAAGGACAACAUACUAACCCUGUUAGUUGCUGGUCAUGAUACCACAACUGCUGCUCUAACAUGGCUCAUCAAAUUCCUUGAUGAAAAGCCUGCUGUAUUGGAACGUCUCAGAGUAAUACUUCUUAGAAUCCCUGAUAAGAAGCACAGUAAAGAUGACUCAGAAGGAGACGAUGAUAAACUUACAGAUACACAAUUAAAGGACAACAUACUAACCCUCUUAGUUGCUGGUCAUGACACCACAACUGCUGCUCUAACAUGGCUCAUCAAAUUCCUUGAUGAAAACCCUGCUGUAUUGGAACGUCUCAGAGAGGAACACGGAGAGAUUCUAGGAACGAGAAAGAAUAGAUCAUGUCUCAGCUGGUCUGAACUCAACAACAUGCCUUACACCAGCAAAGUUAGCUGCACCCUGAUAAAAUUUUGUUUAUCAUACCAACAAACACAUCUAUGUACUAGAAAUUCAGCUAAUCGAGAAUUCGUGUCAUUUUUCAGAAAAGCAGCACAGGACUUCGAGAUAGAUGUUAUGAGAUACAAAAUAAGAAAAGGAUGGUCAAUCAACUGGGAUGUAGUGUGUAUUCACCAUGACCCGGAAAUUUUUCCUGAUCCCCAGAAGUUUGAUCCCUCUAGAUUUGAUGAGCCCAUGAAGCCAUUCAGCUUCCUAGGGUUCGGAAACGGACCGCGAAUGUGUCCUGGAAUCAACCUGGCUAAGCUGGAAAUUUCUGUUUUCAUUCAUCAUCUUGUCUGCAAAUACAACUGGAGACCUUUGGAGAAAGAUGACUCUGUCCACCCAACACUAAUCAGAAUGCAAAAGAACAAGUACCCAACCAUGGUUGAGCAGCUUUAA